CUUGUCCCUCUACGGACCUGUCGUUCUACCCAUUGGACGAUCCGAUCCGACGGCGGCCGCUGCUAAGUCCACAUCCAACAAAAGCAACGCAAGUCAACAACAGUACAAAACAUGGGGCUCCUUACAAAGUCCCCGUUAGCUCUCAUCGUUGUUUUGGGAGUCGCGUCUCUUUCCGAUGCCUUUGUCCCUCAACACUCUCGGUUUGCCCGACACCCAAGCGUCAAAGAUGCCGUCUCGAAAAAAGAUUCUUACGACAUUACCUUAUUACCAGGCGACGGCAUUGGUCCGGAAAUUACGGAAUCCACCAAAAAGGUCCUGACAGCCUUGUGUGAAAAAUGUGGAUUCGACAUGAACCUGAAAGUAGCCUUAAUUGGCGGUGCUGCUAUUGACGCCGUCAACGACCCCUUUCCACAAGAGUCUCUGGAACAGUGCCAAGCGUCCGAUUCAGUACUCUUGGCUUGCAUUGGAGGAUACAAGUGGGACAGUAAUCCGAGAGAAUUGCGCCCGGAAAGUGGACUGUUGAAAAUGCGCAAAGAAAUGGGGCUCUUUGCCAACCUCCGACCAGCAAAGGUUUUGCCCCAGCUGAUUGACGCCUCGACCUUGAAGCGCGAAGUGGUAGAAGGCGUCGAUGUCAUGGUGGUGCGAGAAUUGACCGGUGAUGUAUACUUUGGUACUCCCAAGGGCAUCGAGACGAUCAAUGGCGAACGAGUGGGAUACAACAACAUGAUCUAUUCGGAAUCGGAAAUCGAUCGUAUCGCCCGUGUAGCUGGAGAUGUCGCCAGCAAGCGCGGAAAAAAGCUGUGCAGCGUAGACAAGGCCAACGUACUAGAUGUCAGUCAGCUAUGGCGAGAAGUUGUGACGGACGUCAUUACCAAAGAUUUCCCGGAUGUGGAGCUUAGUCACAUGUACGUCGAUAAUGCCGCUAUGCAGUUGAUUCGAUGGCCCAAGCAAUUUGAUACCAUUGUUUGCGGCAACAUUUUCGGUGACAUUCUAUCGGACGAAGCUUCCAUGUUGGUCGGUUCCUUGGGUAUGCUUCCCUCGGCCUCCAUUGGUGAAUCCGGGCCGGGAGUGUUUGAACCCUGCCAUGGAUCUGCUCCCGACAUUGCUGGAGAAGACAAGGCUAACCCUCUGGCCAUGAUUCUGUCCGCCGCCAUGAUGCUCAAGUACGAUUUGGACCGGCCUGAUGAAGCGUUGUUGCUCGAGAACGCCGUUGAAGCCGUACUGGAUCAGGGACUCCGUACGCCGGACAUCAAGCAAGAAGGUGAUGGUUGCAAAUUGGUGGGUUGCUCCGAGAUGGGCGAGGCGGUGGCCAAGAUUGUCACGGAAUUGGACGUUCCCAAUAGCGCCGAAGUGAGUGUGUAAAGUAGCGCAACGCUAAUGGUAGUUCUAUCU